CGCGCUGCGCUCCUCCUCCUCGCAGACUUCCGCCCUGCUCGCGCUUUUGUCAGUCGGUGGCUCGUGGGUGACAGAAGCAGAGCCGCGCGCGCGCUACAGGAGAAACCGCUGUUUUAAAAGGGACUUGCUGAAAAGGUGGAGGAGGGUGUGUACGAGGUGGAGGCGGGACAGGAUGUGAGGUCAUGACCAGCCUUUUUUCAAAUCACCGUCCCGCGCUUUGGGUGUGAUUGAGGAGCUCCGCCCCUCUCCACCCAGCAGCCAGUCAGGAUGCUCGAGGUGAAGCAUAUGAGCGCGGAGAAGAAGGAGACGGCUGUGGGAACAGACGAAGGCCGUAGUGUGUGUGUGAGCAAUGCAGACCCUGUGUACGUGUACGAGACUCAGGACUGGAUGGUUUCUCCUGCCUGCUCUCCGGAUGAACACAGCUCCAUCUCUCCACUGCUGGCUGAGGAGACGUUUCGCUAUAUGACUUUUCUCGCCCUGGAGCCCUCCUCUUCCUCCUCCUCCUCCUCUCUCUCCCGCUCUCACACUUUCUCCAAAGUUCUCACCUCGGACCGCGUGGAGCAGAUGACCAAGACCUACAAUGACAUCGAAGUGGUCACACACCUACUGGCCGAGCGGGAUCGGGAUCUGGAGCUGGCUGCUCGGAUCGGUCAGUCUCUGCUGCAGAGGAACCAUGUCCUUCAGGAGCGCAACGAAUCGCUGGAGGAGCAGCUCACACAGAUGCUGGAUCAGGUCCACCAACUACAACAUGAGCUGAUGAAGAAGGAUGAGCUUCUGCGAAUGGUUUCGAGUGCGAGUGAAGAGAGUGAGACGGACUCCAGCUCGUCUCCAUCGCUCACCCAGGCUCCUUCUAAUCACACACUCACCCACACGCUGACACUCAGCCAGCUGGAGGCGCUGCAGUGCAAACUGCAGGAUCUCGAGGAGGAGAAUCACAAACUACGGGUAGAGGCGAGUCAGUUGAAGAAGGAGACCAUCACAUACGAGGAGAAAGAGCAGCAGCUGGUCAGCGAUUGUGUGAAAGAGCUCCGUGAGUCAAACACUCAGAUGGUGAGUCUGACUGAAGAACUCUCUCAGAAGAACGAGGAUCUUAUGAAACAGCAGGAGGAAAUCUCCCAGCUCCUGUCACAGAUAGUGGAGCUCCAGCAGCGCCUCAAACAGUUAGCAUUGGAGAAAGAAGAGCUGAGGAUUCAUCUACAAGCCUCAAAGGAAGCCCAGCGACAGCUAACUGCUGAGUUAAAUGAGCUGGCCGACAGGAAUGCGGAGUGUGUAGGGAUGCUGCACGAGUCUCAGGAAGAGCUCAAGGAGCUUCGCAGUAAAAACACACCGUCUGUAGGCCUGCGCAGGCAUCUCUCACACAACAUCUACCCCAUGGAGUGUCUGGCGGCUGAGAUUGAAGGCACUAUGAGGAAGGAGAUGAGUGUUGAAGAAGAGAUCGCAUUUCAGGACCAGAGGUCGAGCAAUAAGCGUGUGUUUCAGACAGUGAGGUCAGCGAAUGAGUCAAUAACGCGAGCAGCAGCAGGGACGCCUCCUAUUCCCGGAUCAGGACACUGCGGUGUGGUGAUGACAUCACAGCCGUUUCACUCCAACACACACCCCACACCUGAGGAUACGCCGCACGGCAUGGACAACAGCGCGUGCGUGGGCCGUCCCGGUUCUCCUGGAGGAAGCGACCUCGUCUCUGCGCUGCGUCGCCUCACUCUGAGGAGACAGAACUUCCUGUCUGAACGUCAGUACUUCCAGGCCGAGAGAAACAGGAAGCUGCAGGAGCUCUCUGACGGGGCGGAGUCAGAGGGUGGUUGGAGUGGCUGCAGCUCUCCAAUGGGAAGCAUCCGCUCGUCCUUCACCAACCUAUCAGAUUUCUCCAUGUCCUCCAGUUGCUUUAAGACCUUUUUGCCUGAGAAGCUGCAGAUCGUAAAACCCAUGGAAGGCUCUCUGACCCUACACCACUGGCAGCAGCUGGCAAAGCCUCACUUGGCCUCCAUCCUCGAUCUGCACCCAGGUGUGGUCACUAAGGGCUUUAGGCCCCUCCCCCAGGAUUCUGUGUAUCACCUGAAUGACCUUGAGGAGGACGAGGAGAACGACAGAGUGCCGUGGGCGGACAACACGAAGGGACAAGAUGGGAGGAAGACAGGAGAGGAGGGUGAAGAUGAAGGGAUCACAUUCAACGUGCACUCGUCCUCCACUCCGGACGGAAGGAAAGACAGGAGUGUUUUCACGCCACUUAAAGCCCCGCCUCUUUCACCAUCUAUAAGAGUGUCUCCUGUCUCAUUGGCUGCUGCUGUGACCUAUGACACUUUAGUUAAAUCGGUGACCGGGUCAACGGCACUUCCUGUGUCCCAGCCAGACGCGAGUGUUACUACAACAGCGCCCUCUAUAGCAGUGAAUCCUGGGAAGUGUCAGAGCUCCACCUUCUCCACCUACACCUUCACCACCUGCCGCAUCCUGCACCCCAGUGAUGUCACACAGGUCACACCCAGCUGUGCCUCCACCCCGAGUUCUCUCCGCUCCGUCCCCUCCACCCCGGUCACCCCGUGCAGGUUGAGUCUGGGUGACUCGUUUCCUCCUCGCCGCACCACAGCCCCCCCUGCAGGUCUGGCUAAGCUCCUGUUGGAGAAAGGCAUCUCUGCUCAGAAAGUAGCUCCUCCCUCCAAACUUCCCCAGCCCCUACACCUGCCCCCCAACACCCCUCCCAACUCCCCCUGCCCCUCCCCUGUUCCCUUUGAAUCAACCUCCACACUACCUGACAACUUUCUGGCAUCGCGGCCGGCCGAGCUCUUCCUGCAGGAUGUCUACGGAGUGAAACCCGACCUCAUCGAGCGUCUGCGCAAGCUCGGAUUGGACAAAAACGUCAUUCGGACGGAAUCGGACGCGGCACACCAAUCGUCCACUCUGUUACCGACAGGAGGAGGAAGCUUAUUGGUGGGUUUGAGACGGAACCAAAGCCUGCCUGCUAUGGUUGGUCAGCGCAGCCCGUCCUACCCUGCUCCGCCCCCUCACCCCACCUCCCUCGCUCUGCCUACUCCACCCUGGGGUAACUUGAAACCACGCCCUACUCGUAGACACGCGUCUCUUUCACAGGCUCCUCUUCCACAUGAGCACUGAAGGGCAGUUGGAUGAAAUUGUAUUUUGUGGGUGUGACUAGAGAAGAUGGAAUAAUCACUGACCUUUCUUGACCUUUGUUUGCCUUCUUAUAAACUGACAGACUAAAAGGCAUGAAGAAGAGACGCACGCUCUUCUGUUGUGGCUUGUUUCAAAAAGCACAAUUGUGUAAAUAGAUUUUUGGUGUAGUUUUAGGCCUAGUUUUACGUAGCAGCAGGAAAUCUCGCAUGUCCUGAUUUGACCUGGGGCAACAAGGGUCAGGCUUUUAAAGGGCGGAGCUCAACAUUGACUUAUUGUUUGAAAAUUCUAGCUUCAUCACAUAGUAGCAUAUUUAUUAUUGCUAGCAAACUUGAUAAUAUGUUAGCCUCACUGUAGCUAGCAUACAAGUAUUUAGCUCAACUUGGUAAAUAGCUUACCUGACCAUAGCUAGCUUGCUAGCAAACAUGACUAGCUAUGUAUGAUUAUAUAGCUGCUGUUGGAGCGCUAGUUUAAGGGAUUAGCUAUUAGCUAAAAUAGGACAGCUCUGUCCUUAGCAGCAGCCUAGAUUAGCAAAUUAGACCGGGAUUGUGUAAAUAAAAUCAGUGCUAUACACUAAGCACCACCCUUGUUGACUCAGGAAUGAGGACUUGCAGGAAACACUGAUCAAAAUGUUACGCUAAGCUUUUAUUUUCCCCUCAGAUAUGACCGUUCUGCUUCCACCAUACACUCUUUCCUCACCGAAGCGUCUCAGAGUUUACCCUCAGGCGCCGUCACGCCGUCUGUUCAUCCUCCGGGCUCUGCAGGGUGAGAAAGGUGAGAGCAAGUGGAUCAGGGGUAUAUCGCAUGUAGGGUGGAGAGAUGAAAGUGUGUUACAGAAUGAAAAGUAGCGCCUCGGGUGCGGAUUUAUUUAUUAGCAUCGAGGGUCUGUGGUAAGUCGAACAGGAAGCUAGAUAAAGAUGGAUGAUGAAGGUGAGACGAAGGUGAUGAAAAUGAAAAAGGGGAUUAAGAGAAACUGGAGGAAGUGAAAGGACGAGUUCGCAGAGCCUCGGGAAAGACGGCGAGGCGACACCGAGUCAUUGUUUAAUCCAUUCCCGGCUAGUUUCCACCCCGCUGAUGUCUACACAGUACUCUUUACCCAGCAUGCAUCUCUGCCUGAUAGCUUAAUCACAGUUUAGAGCACAUUUUAUAGCAGGAUCUCACAAUCGGUAUUCUAUCAGGGAUUCAAAGCUGCAUUAGGUGAGUGAGUCUUUUUAAUGUUCUCGAAGCGCAAACCCCCUAGGAUCAAUGGUCUCCUAUCAUAGUCCGGUGUCUAUAAAAUAACUCAAGGGAAGCCGCAAACUAGCAUUCCGGUCAGUUUUUCCCUGUGACUUAGUACAUUAUUGCUGACAAACACAUCUUAAUAUUUUUCACGCUCUAAAUAUCAUCCAGGUUACCUGUUCAAGUGAAGGGAAAAAAUCGACUAUCGACUAUAAAAGCCGCUUAAAGAAACUAUUUUUAGGGACUUUAUGUAGAGGCGCAAUAGGAGAGAUGGGAACAUGCUCGUCUUAUUUAAUUUGUAUUGUGUUUAUUCUUAUUAAGGGAAUGUGCAUGAAUUUGCCUCACAGAACAGUAGUUCAAUCCUGAGCUUGGGAUACUGUCUGCCUGGAGGUUCUCACCUUCUCUCCUUGUCAGUCUGGGUUCUUUGGUUUCCUUUCUAAAAACGUGCCAGUAGGUGGACUGGCUUCUCUAAAUUGCCCCUAGGUGUAGAGGAGUGUGUGAAAGUGUGUGCAAACGGUGGCUUUUAAUGGACUAGAGUCCCAUUUACGUUUGAGUAAGCUCUGUGUGAUACACACCACAGACUUGAUCAGGUCAUUAACACUCUUCAUCUAUUGGUAUAACUUCAGUAGCGUGUGUUCUGAUUGGCUGAGAGCAGUAACACACACAUUUCAGUAUCAGAACCAGCCAAUCCGAAUGGUAUUUUCUGGUGACGCUCAGUCGGUUCCCCUCGUGAUCUUCCACCGUCUCCACUUUGCCAUCGAUACAUCCUCUUUUUCCCCCCUCCAUUCAAUGUACUUAUUUAUUUUAACCCAUUAACAUGAUAUUUAUUACUAAAUGACCACGUAAUGACCACAAUCAAGUGUCCUAACCAUAAGCUAGUGGCAUGAAGGAAUUUUAUUAAGCACUUUUAUUUGGUAUAUCGUAAUAUAUGUUUGUACUGUUGGUAAGUUUAAGAAGGGAUUCGCUUUUUAAAAACUUUAUUUUUUUGUUAUUAUUUUGUUUUGUCCUGGUCUAAACCAAAAAACGAAUGAUUUGACCAGUGUGUUUUUUUUUGUUUUUUGUUUUUUUGCUGGCUGGGCUUUAUUACUGUUACUCGAUCCGUAUGUACGAUUGUUGUUGCGAAGUCUUGCUUUUUUGUGCCAUUGGAUAAUACACUGAAAAGUGGGCAGGGCUUGUAACCUCGCCAAGGCUUUAGAUAUUUAUCAAAUGUAGUUUGCUGAAUGAAUUUAUUGCCAUAUGAUACGUGGACUGUACAGGAUUUACACGAUGUUGGAACGUUGAUAGGAACCCGAGCACGUGAUUUGGAUUCGAUUUGGCUCCGUCAUCAGUGUGCGUACACAGUGUUUAAAUGAAUUGAUGGACAAUUAAAUGCGUAUUGUCCAUUUAUAACGGAUUUUAGUCUGGCCACUGGAGCUACAAGGCGAACGUCGACGAGGGAUUUUCUGCGUAUGCAAACACAAAUUUGUAUCUAUUUCACGCAAAUGAUCUAGAUGAACGUUUAAAACACCAUUUUUAAUAACUAGUAUAGAGAGUAUCACUUGUAUUUAGGCUUAAAUCGUCAACUACAGUAUAGUAUUGUGUAUCAUCACUUCCAGCUUUCAGACAAUAUAAUGCUUAUCCAAAAACGAGUUGCAAGAUACUUUCUUCAUGUUUAUAGAUUAGUCUAACUUUCUCCUAAUGACAUAUAUAUUUCUGGAAAAGUUUUCGCUUCAGAAAGAUUCGCUUUGUAGCUCGAGUCCAAAAACUAAACCGUACUGGACACCGAACGUGUCUUACCUGCCACCACAUACAUGUCUUAGCCGCACAGAUAAUCAUCCUCAUGUCUUUUUCUCACCUCAGAGUGAGCGAUGAAGAUGUGUUUGUGAUGAAGAUGUGGGGUUUUUUUAUUCAUUCGAUGAGCACAGAGAGAUGACUGUUGUCCUGUCUAAAACCUAAUCAGUGCUGCCUCUUUCUUUUUAAAAAAAAAUAAAAAUAAAGCAAGGAAAAAACAA